AUGACUCCUUUUUGCGGUAUCACGUCGUUAAGCGCUCCAAGUUACAGACUUGAUUCAUCUAAUCUUGUUCUAACAUCCAUCAAAGGCGCAAUGCGUUAUCCAAACUUUCUUACAAGCUCACAAUUACCUCUCUUAUGCAAUGUUUUGGGUCAACUUCGUAGUUUUGAAUUAACAACUGGUAUGCUUGAUCCAGCGAGUGGGAAAGUUAAAACCCGGUCUGUGGGCCUAGAACUUGCGUUGGUGGAAUUAAUCGUCCAGGUUAUGGAACUUUUGGAAAGCACGAACAAUGAGCCAUGGAAUCGUACGAUGUUCGAACAUUUAAUUAGUGUCAUGAUUACCUUCAUGCUCAAUAGUACUGUUAGAUUCAACGAAAUUAUUGUCAAGCUAAACACGAAAUUGGAAGGUCGUACAUGGACAAAAUCGAGUCACUACGUCAUGUGGUUCGUACUAAAUGCUACUUCAGGAUUUAUUGGGAAAAAUAUGUUGACAGAUUUUGUCCCCUGUCUCCGACUCUUUGAUAUUUUGUUCCCCGAGGCUGAAGAUCCUGAUCGUGCUAUUGAUCUCCCCAUACCGUUUUGUAGUAGAAAAGAUUCUGCUAGUCAUUCUACCGAUGCUGAAGGCAUUUCUUCACGAAAGGAUUGCCAUAUGCCUAAAAACUCAACGGUUAGAGAUGAAUGCAGUGAAACACACACCUCUGAAUUGUCUGUACCGGAAACAAUGGAUUUGGAAAGUUCAGAAGGGCCAAUCCGUGAAUAUAUUACCCCUAAGGAUGAUGAGAGUGAAAUUCAAGAGGAGAGUUCCACUUCUGCUGAAGAUUCAGAUAACGAGUGUAGCCAGAAUGAAGCUGAGAGUUUGCUGCCACCUCAUCUUCGCUGCUCUACAGCUUGUUACAAACGUCAAGGACGACUCUUGCACUUGGCUACUGCACCUGUAUGCCUCUGGCAACAUGUUUUGCGGAAAAGUCGGUUGGGUCAGGAUCACUUGCCACGUGUUAUGCCACCAGCUCUUCGACCGAUUGAGGCUCGUAUAUCCCGUCGUAUGCAAGCAUUAUUGCAGUCUGUCAGCUCAAAUCAAGUUUCUAGUGCUUCUAUCCAUUUAGUUUCAAAGUUGACUUGGAACCAGCUUUUCGUUGUACUCAAUGCUUUCAGUACAGAUAAUGAAGUCAGUCACCUGAUACAAAGACUAGUGGAUUUAUUUUGGACAAACGAAUCUGCAAAUGAUACACAGAAACCAGAACAUGGCUGUCUAUGGUCAAGAUUGAUAAAGAAUGGAAAUGUUGAUUUGCCAUAUAAUUUAUCAGCUUAUGGGCGUUUAAAACCUCUAUCUCAUCAUCUGAUGCGUACAAUGUCUGUCCAUUUGCGAAUGCUUGUGUUACACUUUUUCCUUCAAAAAUUUGCAGUCCUUCCAAAUUCCAGUAUGUCGUCUACACCAGCAGUCAUUGAAACCUUUUGUCGCAUUCUGACUUGCCGUGAAGUGGAAUCAAACAGUGUGAACAGGAUUUUAUGUUUACUAGCCAAACUCAAACCAGUAUGGUCUUGGAGUGGUGCGAGUGUUGAUUCCAAAAACUCAUUUACAUCUGGCACCACAAAUGAAAAGGUGUCCAACUACUCUGUUUGUUCACUUGUUUAUACGCUAAUUGAUACACUGGGCUUCCGUUUAUCAGAUAUCCUAACACCGGAGGUUCGAAUUCAUGCUCUGAUAUCACUAGUCAACUUGUCGAAAUUGUGGACCAACUGCAGUACCUCUGUUCUUGAUAAUAAAGAGCCGAAAAAUGUUCGUGAUGGAGCUAGUGGUGAAGUUCCCCUUGAAUUGCAAUAUCUCCUCGAUUGGUCUAUUUUAAAGUUUGCACGUAGUAUACAAGCACCGGAUUGUGUGAUUUAUGGUUUUUGCUCAGCACUUACGUCUCCAACACUUUCACAACCACAACCGGGAACUAACAGCUUACAUUCCAGCAAUAGUUCUGUUUGCAUAACGCAACAACAAACAUUAAAUGUAAUAUCACAACCCGGGACAGGUAUGUCAAUCAAUACAAUUGGUGGUGGUUCUGUUUCACUAAACAGACAAUUCAUGCCCAUCAACCCAACUGUAGCAGCUUCAAUCUCUUCUGCCAGCAUUACCAACCUAUCGAAUGACGGUAUGCUAUCUUCAAACACGGGUGUUAAUUCGCUUGCUAAUGGGUCAGGAAACACUGGUUUACCAAAUGCAAUACCUGGAUAUCCAUUUUUAAUGUAUGACAAUGUUGAAGUCGAUCGUUUUGUACUUUACACCUUAUUACAAAUGUAUCAUACGUUUGAUUUGGAAGAAGUUAGUGGAAUUCGACCGAAUUUGGUUGAACAAAUCCGUUCAAUGUAUGAACAGUGUGGUGCAAACAGCCUAGUUGAUUUGCCUCAGAUAAUUACAAGUCGCUUGCCUGAUUUUCUAAUUCUUGUUAUCCGUCAACUAACCAAUCCAACUGGUGGAGAAUUCAACAGUAGCACCUAUUCAUCAUCUGAUUCCACCAAUGUAGAAUCUAUGGAAUCAGGUUUACCAUUUACAGAUAAGUCGGCUAGUCUAUUUAAACUUUGCUCAAUGAUGCAAGAAGAGUAUACUUGCUUUUGCAAUAAUAACAUGGAUUGGAAUAACUCAGUUAUUCGGGGUAACGCAUUCUUAUGUUUGCUGUUUCGGUAUUUCAUGGAACACCAGAAUGUGCCAAGCAAAGCUGUCAGUCUCAUCAAUCUUAUAUCUGCCAGAUUUUUCAGUCGGCAACUUCGUUUGCUGUGCGAUUAUGUGGUGGCUUGCUUGACAUUCCCGACGCAGGUCACUUUUACCAGUGAAAAGUGUCUUUCUGCAUUAUCUGAUUUUUGUAUAUGCUGGCAUAUUAUUCCUUUCGAUCGUCUCCUUCUAUUUCUGCUGAUGCACACGAGGUAUCAACAUGCACAACUUGAUUCUGUGAAUCGAAUUAUCGUUUACAUGUUUACACAAUCUGAGCAACUGAUAACUGGGAUAAACUAUCUGAGUACAAAAUAUGAACCAUCCUUCUCUGAAGACACAACUGCGAAGCGGAAAUCACUACAUCCCGACCCACUGUCUAGCGAUAUUGUGCCUUCCAGUAAUGAUAAUGAUGAUUCAGUCGAGGAAGUGGAUAGACCACCUCAUUUACCUGUAUUCUAUGGUCAUUUAUUAUUGCGUUUAUUACCAUUGUUAGAAGUUAUUUUGACACAGUUUCUUGUGUGCCAAUUACCACUCGUUUUACUUAUACCAUUCUGUCGAGUUGUCGCUCCUCUGUUUCGUUAUCACAGACGUCCGAUCAAUAUCUGCUAUACAAUACUGCGAGAUCACUCAGAGUUUAUUAGGAAAACUAUAUUUUGUAAGCUGCCGAAUCAAGUGUAUCCAUCGUAUCACUUACAGUCGUAUGGGGAUUAUGCUGGUGCUUCAGCCUUCUCAUUUUCACGUGAUUCGGAUGUUGACAAGACACCUUAUAUUAUAGAUCGUUUAUUGUGUCAAGUGAUUGUCCAUUGCAUAAUUGGUAAACAUCAGCAGUUAGCAGUGAAAUCAACUUCGAUUCAUGCUUCAAAACGAUCAGAUCAGAAUGACAUUACUGCAAAUGGUUUAUUUACACAUCAAGGAUGGCAUAAUCUUGAGUCAUGUAUAAAGCGAUCUGAGUUACUCUAUGAUUCAAUUUGCAAGAAAGCAGAUGCUACCAAUGAUGAUAACGAUAUUGUUGCCACUGAUACUACUGAUAAAUCUAUUAUCAAUGUUAUGCUUCAUUCAGAUUCUUAUGAGCUAAAGUUGAGAACAAUGUUUGUCAAUUGGUAUAAUUCUAAUCUACCUGAUACCAGUUAUUCAGACUUCCUGUUCGAAUUAAUUGAUCCAAUAUGUAAAAGUAAUCAAAAACACGGAAUAUUUGGUCAUUCGGCCGCUUGGAGAACAUGGAACUAUGAAGAAAGUGUUUGUAUUCAAACUGCAGGGUUGUAUGCUGCCUCAGUUGAAAUAAUGUGCAAGUACAUCUCACCGGAUGAAUUGACUUUAGCUGUAUCGGAGCUUCUGUCUGAUCGAGUAAAAUAUCCAAAUUUCAAUCAGCUGUUGAAUAUUAUUGGCGCUUUGGCAGUUAUUUUACCUAACGUUUAUCGCCUCUCCCUACUCAAAUUUUGUGUGACCUUAUUUAUUGAUCCGAUUCUUUGUGACGCUACAUCAGAGUCUGAUUUGAUGGAUGUGGACAAGAUGUUAACUGAUACUUCUGAUCCGAAGUCUUUUGAUAACUGCUAUGACAGUAAGCAAUGGUGUCGUUCCUCUAGAGCUCUACGUCACAGAAGAUUGCUUAAUACCAGUUUGACUUCGAUAGAAAAUGUUAUCCCACCAACAUCUGGUAUCACAUUGUCUAAACCUCAGACCGUUACGCUACUGAAACCACCAAAAGUAGCUGUGGAUUUCUUUGAAGUAUGUCUUCCACUAGACCAGAAAACGAAUUCUGGUUCAGUCAAUGGAAAUAACACUGAUAAUGCUGAGGUACCAUAUAGAAAUAUGGAAACAAAUCCAGUUACAACAGGGAAUGUUGACGAUACUGGUUCACCUUCAAAUGUUAAAGAUUAUUUAGUUAAAGCUAAUCUAUGGCAUUCAAUUUGGGCACAUGCUAACACAACUCAUUUAGCCUUAUUACCUAGCAUUUUUUCUGAUCUGAUUUUACCUGAACUGCACAAUGAAGCUCAGCUACUCAUGGCGUUCUAUAUGGUUGCACCGUUAAUGGGGUCUUUGCAUGCAGAGCGUCCAGCAAAAUUAGUUGAUUUAACGGCUGAACUGUACAGAGGUGUGUGGAAGGUGGAUAGCACUUUAGCUAGGUCAACCAGCCAAAAGUUGGAUGACUCUGACUUUUCUUCCGAUAUCAACGAAACGAAACAGUCCAAUGAACAUUUGCCACCAGAAACUGGUAUACCAUUAGUUCAUGUUGAUACAAUAGCCGAUCUAUUAUAUCAUAUAAAAUAUAUGUAUGUUGGCAACGGUGUACUUGAUCAAGUCCGUCCUCUACUACCACUACUGCGUCCAAGUUUGCGUAAAACGUUUGAAAUUUAUCUUACCUCAAGACUCAGUGACACAGCAACUGCAUAA